AUCCAAGAUUUGAAUUAUUUACAAGCUAUGAUUUAUAUAUUGUUGACGUUUUGAUUGGAAUUGCAAUUGUGGUAAGAUAGAAUGUAGCACUUGGGAUGAAAUUAAUUUUGGAAUUAGGAUUUAUGGUGUGUGUUUUCUAAUGAUGCUUUAUCCUGUUAUUGAUGUGUUUUUGAAUUGAUGUGAAGUAUAGAACUUUAGCGGCAAAGACCAUUACUUGGUAAUUGUAAGUAUCUUUUAGGUUUAUCUCAAUUGCUUAGUCUAUCUGAUGGAGACGGUAUGCAUCAAGAUGACAAUUUUGCAUCUUGCUUGAGGAUCUUGAGGUUCGAGUAACAAAUAUCAAGAAAUUAGUUUCGCCUGAAGAAAAAAUAUUAAGGAAUUGGUUUUGCUCGAGGAAAAAAAAUUAAGGAAUUAGUUUCAUCCAUCAAGGAAUUAUUGAAGAAUUAGUUUUGCUCGAGGAGGAAGUAUCAAGGAAUUAGUUUGAAUCGAGGAGGAAAUAUCAAGGAGUUAGUUUCAAUUGAGGAGUAACUAUCAAGGAGUUAGUUUCAAUUGAGGAGUAACUAUCGAGAUAAUAGUUAUAGAAAACUUCUUUGCCACCCUUCGUCCAUUCCUACCUUAGGUGGGUAACUGGGAAUCUCAUUGGGUUAUUGUUGGAGCAAUGUGAGCUUUCUUUCUUCCUUUUACUUCUCACUUCCCAACCACCACAAGCCUAUAUUACACUAUCACCUUAGCCAUUUGAGGAUCAUCACAAACAUAGACCACCACAAAUCCACAACCAUAGGUACGACCAGUCCACCACUAUUAGAACAUGGGAUUGUGCUAUAUUAUUAUUGUUGGGAGAAUGACUUUCAGUUCCUCAUUACUGUUGUCUUGUAGUUUUUGAAGCCACACUAAUAUAAGAGUGGCGUUUUCAUGCAGUUUGUUUGUGCUUCUUAAAGAUCAAUAUGUUUGUGAGGGGGUGUUUGCAGGUGUAAUAAUGUUGUUCUGUACCAUAGGUUUGCCGCUGAUUGUAUAAUGUUAUUUGACUGAUAUUAAUAAGCCUGAAGCUAUUGAGAUGAUAUUAAUUUAAAAUUUAUGGGGUACUAGAAAAUCUGACUAUUUUAUAUCUUUAAGGUAGCUGAGAUGAGUUUCAAUUUGAAUAGCAAAGCAUAGAUUUUCUAACAGUAGAAGAGGUUAUUAAUGCUGGGAAGAGUUUGGUUGGGAAAAGAUUGGAGAAAAUUCUGAAAAAUAAAUAUUGACUAGUUGACGGGGUAACGAUGAUGGGAUGUUUUCUCCUACAGUGUCUUGGUUGAAUACGGUGAGAAAGCUCAGAAGGCUUCCUAUUGCAGUUGUUUAGAGACUCCUUCUGCAACUUCCUACUUUGUACUCCAUUGCUAUAUAAUGGCUGGUGCUGUAUGUCGAUUGAGUAGGGUGUUUUGGUAGUUUAAGGAUUCUUUCCUUCCUGGGUUCUUGAGUCUCUGGAGCAGAUCAUGAGGCCUGCUGAGUUCUUGGUUCCCUUGUUUGGCAAGGUAUCAUUAUCUUUAAACAUUGUUUAUUUUUCCUUUCCCUUCCUAUCUGUUCUUUUCAUUUAUAUUUCAUUAUGCAUAUUGGGCAAUUAACAGUUGACAUAAAAAAGGUUGACGGGCUAAAUUAUGGCUUUAUGCCAUCAAUUUUUUGAGUAUAGUUGGGAUGGUGAUAUUGUUGUUUUACUCAUUAGCGAUACAUGUUAGUUGGUGCGUUGGCUAUUUGACAAGGCUACUAUUGUUGGAACUGGAUAUUGCAAGGUAAGCAUGCUUGGUGACUUGUUGAUUAUGAACGUUGUAUUGUUUUGUUUAUCUUCACCAGGUCUAUUCAGCUGCUCAUAGUUGCCCUGCUAUGCUGCCAUAUCUCUUAUUUGUGAUGUGUGGUAACACUUUUAAAGUUUGUGAAAGUUUUUUUUGCCCUUUUUUUUAAUGUAGUGAUUUUUUUUUUUUUUUUUUUUUUUUUUUUUUUUUUUUGGUGUUAUGAUUUUAUGUUAAUUAUGAACCUACGCUAACGUGUUUGCAUAGAUGUGGUUUUUUACAUGAUACUACAGGAGUUGUUCGCUAUCCUUAUCCACCGAUGGCUCGUCCUCCCUUUCUCUCUCGUCCUGGAGUUACAGUUGGCAUGGUUCCCCAACUGCAAAGACCUCCUUUUUUGGGACUUCGUCCACCAAUGACUCUUCCAGUUGUUAGGCCUCCUGUUGUUCCAGUUGUUUUACCGCCAGAGAAACCACAAACUACUGUUUAUGUUGGCAAGAUAGCUCCUUCAGUAGAGAAUGAUUUUAUUCGUUCACUCCUUGAGCUAUGUGGACCAAUAAAGAGUUGGAAGCGUGCUCAGGAUCCAUCAGAUGGAACGCCAAGAAGAUUUGGCUUCUGUGAGUUUGAAUCCGCUGAAGGGGUUCUCCGAGCUCUACGACUGCUAAGUAAAUGCAAUGUUGACGGUGAAGAGCUGGUGCUGAAUGUUAAUCAAGCAACAAGAGAGUAUUUAGAACGUUAUGUGGAGAAGAAGAAAGAGAACUUAACUAAACCUAGUGAGACUGAAGUUGAGGAAGCAAAGAAAGAGGGAGAAAGUGCACCUGAUGCUGAGAAGAGUGAAACUAAAGAGAAGGAAGAACCUGCUAAAAUUGCUCCAGAAGAGCCCAAAAAGGAUGCAAAUGAGACUGAGAACAAGGAAAAUGAUUUGGCCAGUUUUGGCCUUGUUACGGAUGAGGAUCGUGAUGUUGAUCGAGAGGCUUUGGAUAAGCUCACUAAUAUGAUAGAAGAACGCAUAAAGACUAAACCUCUACCACCUCCUCCACCACCAGCACAGAAGGUUGCUGAUGGCACAAACAACUCGAACUCCGAAGUGCCUGCUAAAUCCGGGGACAAAGACUCUGAUGUUAAUCCUGUGAAAAAUGAAGAUAAAAUGGACGAUGAGACAACAAGUGAGUCUAAACCUUCAAAUAGAACUGGAACAGAGUCACCUGAUAGAAGUAGAAGGUAUGAUAACAGAAGUCGUGACCGUAACAGACGAGACAAGGAGAGAGAGCUUGAUAGAUUGGAGAGAGAACGAGAACGUGAAAGAGCAAGGAGAGAGAAGGAAAGAGACUUGGAGAUUCUAAAGGCUGAGAGGUUUUACAAAGAGCGUGUUAAGGAAUGGGAGACUAGAGAAAAGGAGAGAGAAUAUGAGCGGAGGCGUGAGAGGGAGAAGGAGAAAGAAAGGGAGCGUGAACGGAGGAGGCUGGUUGCUGAGCAAGAGGAUGAAAGCGAUGAUGAUUCUAGGAAAAGGAGACGGAAGUCUGAAAUUGAGGAUAAGAGGAGGCGACGACGGAGGGAGAAGGAGGAUGAUAUGGCGGACAGACUCAAAGAAGAGGAAGAAAUUGUGGAGGCCAAGAAGAGAGCCGAAGAGGAGCAGCAGAGGCAACAAGAAAAACAGGCAUUGGAGCUUCCUUCUGUUCCAGUUGAUAAUGGAAGUGAGAAACCUGCUUCACCGUUGCCUGAAGUUACUGCCAGUGAGAUCAAAGAUGAUAUGGAACAGGAUCAUGAUUCUGAAGCGAUUCCUGCCCCUGCCCCUGCCCUUGCAAGCCAGAUUGGUGACGGGGUCAUUGAAAAUGGCGGUACAGAUGAACCUACGAUAGCACCUGGCUCAACACCAGAUGUCAAGCAUGCGGGCAAUGUCCCAGCCAAAAAGCUUGGAUUUGGUUUGGUGGGCUCAGGGAAACGAACGGCUGUGCCGUCUGUCUUCCAUGAGGAAGAGGAUGAUGAUGCACAAAAAGAAAAGAAAAUGAGGCCUCUUGUACCAAUUGAUUACUCUACUGAAGAACUUCAAGCCAUACACACAAAUGAUGGAGAGGCACCUCCAAUUCCAUCUGCUUCUGCUGAAUCUGGUAAGCAUAUUAAUCCUAGAGAAGCGAAGUCUGAUGUAGAAAGGGACAGAAGUCGGCGUUCUCAUGAUAGGUCAAGCCAUCGAGACCGUGGACAUGAACGUGAUGGUGACGAGGCUCCGCGAGGUCGGGAGAUUUUGGAUGCAAAACAAUUGAUUGAUAUGAUUCCCAAGACUAAAGAAGAUUUGUUCUCAUAUGAAAUUAAUUGGGUCGUGUAUGAUGAGAAUCGGUUGCAUGAAAGAAUGAGACCCUGGAUUUCCAAGAAGAUUACAGAGUUUUUGGGAGAAGAAGAAACCACUCUGGUGGAGUUCAUAGUAGAGAGAUUCCGGGAACAUGUUAAGGCUGAGAAAAUGCUGGACGUGCUCCAGCGAAUUUUGGAUGAGGAAGCCGAAAUGUUUGUCCUCAAGAUGUGGAGGAUGCUAAUCUUUGAAAUAAAAAAGGUGGAGACAGGUUUGACAACAAGGCCAGGAGCGUGAAGCAUUUUGGAUCUUCUUGUUUCCUGCUGGCAAUUUUUUCCCUUUGAUAAUUUUUCCAUAGUAAAAGAAAAUUGUAGGCAAAUAUGAUGUUGAAGCUCCAUUGUUAUUGUAUGUCUUCUAUUUUUCUUUUUCAUAGUUCACAACUUAAACUAGUUAAAUGAAAUCUAGUUUUAUUAUUGUUUUUUGUCUUCAAAAAUGUAUUAUGAACUGUAUAUGCAAGAAAGAAAGUUUUCUUCUAUGUACAUCGUUUCAAACAUCUCUUGUACUUUGAGCUAAGCAAUACUGGAGUUUCCUUCAUUGUUUCAUAAUUCA